AUGGCGGACUCGACAAACAUCGUCGCAGGGCCUCACCGGCCCAAGGGAGAAACGGAUCCAAACACUCGCGUGGUCCCUGGCCAGCUGCUACCGACCAAGCCAAACCUCGACCAGAUCUUGGAAAAGUUUCUCUCCGUAUAUGACAGUGCCUCGAUCCUAAAAAACAACACUCUACCAUGGUACGCCAUCCAUCGCGACUACUACAAGCUUGACUCCUCGCGCGCCCCGGCUGGCCCUAUUCCUGGCAACGACUUUCACGCAACGGACCCACGAAUCACCGCUGAUGCUUCCGCGUGGGCCGCUAAGCUGCGCUUUGCUCCGUGCCACCGCAGCAUUCUUGCGGGCACUGAGGCUCUAUGCCCUCUAACUGUGUCGUUCAAGCAUAUUAACGACUGCCCAGAGUGGGACGACAGCAGCCGUGAGCUGGCAGAAGCCGCAGCGCUGAUUCGCCAUCUGUGGCCCAAGGAGGAGAUAGGCGAGCUUGUCGGCCGCCUCGUCGGUGAAGUGCUCACUGAUACCAAGACACCUGAAUAUUAUCUGCUUCACUGGCUAGCAUCUCAACCAAUCAACCGUGGAGUUGCCGUGUAUACAUUUACACGUGGGCUUGAGGAGAAAUUUCUUGCCGCCAGGAAGCAAGGGGCGUACCUUCAAGGUGGAGCACCCCGGCGCGAGACUGACAAAGAAGUUGCGCCACCAGCCCAACUUUCCGAGAUUCACUUGCAUGGAGAACCAUUCUCGACGGCACAGUACUGGUCUUUUGCUACGCUUGGUGGUGCUCUAAUGCCAUUUCCAACCAUUGCAACCGUUCUGAGUCUGCUAAGCAACCCUGGCAAAGACGAUGAGUCGGGCGAAAAUUUCGACGGGUUCGCCGACAGGGACAUUACAUGGGCCUUGGACUCGUUGCAAGGGUUCUGUCGGGGACUUACACCACAUCAGUACCAAUUCAAGAGGAAGUUCUCGUUCACCGUUGGGACCUCGUCCGACUACUGGAUGUAUCUCCACUUCAUAUCGCAUUUCUACCGGGUUACUGAAGAUGCCGAGGAUGAUAGUGAUCAGGUGGGGUUAUCAGGCAUGGAGGUUUCCCGUGGCCGUUUCACUGUUCCCAUCGAGCUCCGUGGCAGGAAAAGCAGCAUCACGUUCAGAGAGCAUCGGAAGUGGACCGGCAUGAGAGUUGCGACCAGCUACAAUGGCAACACCCCAAAUGCGUCGCCAUCAGCAGUUGCAGUCUACGUCUCAGACUGGGGCCACACGCAAAUCAACGUGACUGAGCAGACAUGGAAAGAACGAGGCCUGCAAUCUCCCCGGCAGGGCGCCGGGAUCGCGCUGUUUCAGAUGCUUUUGAUGAGCCACCUGGAUGCUUGGGAACGAGACUGGACUAUGACCGUAGAUCAUAUUGGCGACAUUUUCAAGGUUAAGCUGUCCUGCCAGACGGACAUCGAUCAGUUGGAUGAGCUAAUAAGCCAUAACUGCGCUCAAACCGCCGUCACAUGCUCCCGGCUAAUCUUGGUGUUCAUGGGCUUUAUCAACCAUAUCAACAUGACUGCUGAUUCCCUGAAAGACAUGCGCGAUGAGUGGGCACGGACAUAUCCCGGUACGGGAACGGAGCGCCUGGAGAGAUUCGACGUUGAGACCCAGGAGGUCUUGCUAGAGAAUUGGGAUCGUGUUCUGUCAGAUCUCGGUGCGAAGAAAGGUCGACUCGUGGCCGGCAUUCGACAGUCAAUCGAUGACCUGAAACUGAUCCGCGAGGGUCUAUCGCCGUCUUCGGGCCCGAAUGUCUGA